AACUUCCUGUUUCACAUGAAAACCGACACUUGUUUCUCUCCGGACUCGUUUAGCCAGCGCACCUCACAGAAAAAAGCGCCGUAUUCUCACGUUUUGACAACUGCGACCGUGCGGAUGGCGACUACUACUACUCCUACUACUAAAGUUCCAGAGGUUCGUGACAUCACUCGGAUUGAGAGAAUUGGUGCACAUUCUCACAUCCGUGGCCUUGGUUUGGAUGAUGCUUUGGAACCAAGACAGGUGUCUCAGGGGAUGGUUGGCCAGCUGGCCUCCAGACGGGCAGCAGGGGUCAUCCUCGAGAUGAUUAAAGAUGGCCACAUAGCUGGCAGGGCAGUGUUGAUUGCAGGCCAGCCCGGCACUGGAAAGACUGCCAUCGCCAUGGGUAUUGCUCAGAGCCUUGGCCCUGACACCCCAUUCACAGCACUGGCUGGAAGUGAGAUCUUCUCUCUGGAGAUGAGCAAGACGGAGGCACUCAGCCAAGCGUUUCGAAAAGCCAUUGGAGUGCGGAUCAAGGAGGAGACGGAAAUUAUUGAAGGAGAAGUUGUCGAAAUCCAGAUUGAUCGACCCGCCACCGGAACGGGUGCCAAGGUUGGCAAGUUGACUCUAAAGACUACUGAGAUGGAGACAAUAUAUGACCUGGGGAACAAGAUGAUUGACAGCCUCAGCAAAGAGAAGGUUCAAGCCGGUGAUGUUAUCACCAUCGACAAAGCCACUGGCAAAAUCAGCAAGUUGGGCCGCUCGUUCACCAGAGCCAGAGAUUAUGAUGCCAUGGGAGCUCAGACUCAGUUUGUGCAGUGUCCAGAGGGCGAGCUGCAGAAGAGGAAGGAGGUGGUGCACACGGUGUCCCUGCAUGAGAUCGACGUCAUCAACAGCCGCACGCAGGGCUUCCUUGCCCUCUUCUCCGGAGAUACUGGCGAAAUCAAGUCGGAAGUCCGCGAGCAGAUCAAUGCUAAAGUUUGCGAAUGGCGAGAAGAGGGCAAAGCGGAGAUCAUCCCAGGGGUGUUGUUUAUCGACGAAGUGCACAUGCUAGACAUGGAAUGUUUCUCCUUCCUGAACCGUGCCUUGGAGAGUGACCUAUCCCCUGUUCUCAUUAUGGCCACCAAUAGAGGCAUCACUCGCAUCCGUGGCACAAACUACCAGAGCCCUCACGGCAUCCCCCUGGAUCUGUUGGACCGCCUGCUCAUCAUUGCCACCUCCCCUUACACCGAAAAGGAGACAAAGCAAAUCCUCAAGAUCCGCUGUGAGGAGGAGGAUGUGGAGCUGAGCGAGGAGGCUCACACGGUCCUGACUCGCAUCGGCAUGGAGACGUCACUGCGAUACGCCAUGCAGCUCAUCAGCACGGCCGGAUUGGUGUGCCGCAAGCGCAAGGGCACAGAGGUCCAAGUGGAGGAUAUAAAGAAGGUUUACUCUCUCUUCCUGGAUGAGGCCAGAUCUUCUCAGUACAUGAAGGAGUACCAGGAGUCCUUCCUCUUCAACGAAACACAAACAGCUCAAAUGGAAACGUCGUAAUGAAGAAGACGCAUUUCUUUCGGUGUCCAUUUUUAAUGUUGUCCAUCUUCAACGCAGUUUGUCUGUUUCCAAACUUUUCUCUCAAUUUGAAUUAAACAACAGGUGACUGGCAUGCAAUAGUAUGGGCUUGUUUGCAGUCGAUUGUCUGUUUCCAUUCUUUUCUUAUUUUUUUUUU